UCUAGACAUUCUCCAAAAAGUGAGGGAGGGACAAAACCUUACGUGACUCGUGAAAAAUUUGAAUUGUAUCUAAUCUAUACUUCAGGGCCGUUUGCCGGAAAGGGAUAAGCUAAAGAUUUAUUACGUAAACUCAAGACUAGAUUGUUUUGAUUAUUAAUUAUUAUAAAAUCAUGGCCAAAUAUAGGAUUGUUAUGGUUCGUCAUGGCGAAAGUGAAUGGAAUCAAUUAAAUUUAUUUUGCGGUUGGUUCGACGCAGGAUUAUCUGAAAAAGGAAAAAAUGAAGCCAUAGCUGCUGGGAAGGCCCUCAAAGACUCAGGUUAUAGAUUCGACGUAGCUCACACGUCUGUUUUAACCCGAGCUCAGGUUACUCUUCAAACCAUUUUGAAAGAAAUCGGCCAGGAAAAUAUUCCAAUUUACAAAACCUGGCGAUUGAAUGAACGUCAUUAUGGUGGGCUUACUGGUAUGAACAAAGCUGAGACCGCUGCUAAAUACGGCGAGCAACAAGUACAAAUUUGGCGAAGAUCAUUUGAUACUCCUCCACCACCAAUGGAACCCGACCAUAAAUAUUAUGAUACGAUUGUAAAAGAUGAGCGUUACAAAGACGGUCCUAAAGCAGAUGAGUUCCCUAUGUUUGAAUCUCUUGAAUUAACUAUUAAACGAACUUUGCCGUAUUGGAAUGAUGUCAUUAUUCCUCAGUUGAAAGAAGGCAAGAAAAUUAUCAUCGCCGCUCAUGGAAAUAGUUUGCGAGGAAUUGUUAAACAUCUUGACCAGUUGAGUAACGAUGAAAUCAUGGGCUUGAAUUUACCCACGGGAAUACCAUUCGUUUAUGAACUAGACGAAAAUUUCAAACCCAUUGUCUCUAUGAAAUUCUUGGGAGAUGAAGAAACAGUCAAAGCCGCUAUGGCUGCAGUUGCGGCCCAAGGAAAAGUUAAAUAAAAUAAUUUUAAUAUCGGCUAUUUUGAUAUUAUUUAAAGUAACCAUUUAAAGUAAGUAGUUAUAAAAGUCAUUGAGAUUUAAUCCAGACAAUAUUUAUUAAAAUAUCACCUGUCUUAUCAAAGAAACCAAAUAAUUGUUUAAAUUACUAUAAUUAUAAACAAUGUUAAGAAAGCCAUUCUUGUAUGCUAAAUAAAAAACGGCUUAGAAUGUU